AUGGAAGUGCUAACCUCCUGUGACUUUAACCAGAACAGUGAACCAUUCUGCAGGUUCAGCCAGGACAGCACAGACAACAGUGACUGGACCCGACAUAGAGGUCCAACCCCAACACCUGGCUCUGGCCCUAGUGGAGACUACCCUGAUGGAAAGGGAUACUACAUCUACCAUGAGUGUGAUAACGUGGCUAACGGUCAGAAAGCUCGGCUGCUGAGCCCUGCCCUCUCAUCGUCGGCCUCUCAGAUCUGUGUCCAGUUUCGAUACUACAUGUACGGCUCAGAUAAUCAGAAUGUGUUGAGGGUUCUGGCUAAGAGGCCCAGUGGAGACGAAGAGGUCUGGAAGAGGACCGGAAUCCAGAGUCCCUCCUGGCUGAAGGGCUCCGUCACCGUGUCCAAACCCAGCAGUCAGAGCGUCACAAUCGUGUUUGAGGCACAGAGAGGCUUCACUUCUUCCUGUGACUCAGCUUUGGACAACAUUGUCAUCACUGAAGGCGCAUGUCCCUCUUGUGUCUCUGGCUGUGAUUUUGACACUCUUGACGACCUGUGCGGGUGGACGACUCAAACUGAUAACCCUGAUGUGUUCGGCUUUAGUCAGUGGAUUGGACCAACAGACACUGAAGGCACUGGACCUGAUGACGACUUCUCCAAACCUGGAUUUGGUGCCUACAUGUUGUUGGAUGCUUACGAAGCUGUCCCUGGAGUCAGUUCUCAGAUCAGAAGCCCUGUAAUAACCCCCUCGUCUGGAUGUUUGGACCUCACCUUCCACUACUACCUGUAUGGCACCAGCACCACAAUGGAGCUCAGAGUCCACACCAUCACCGCAGGUGGAAGCCUUGGACCUGCUCUCUUCACUGUCAAGGGGAACCAGGGUCAAGGCUGGAAGCCUGCAGAGGUCCGCUACCUUGGAACUGCUGCUACUCAGUUUGUGAUUGUGGGUACCUUUGGAGAAACUCCUCAGACAGAUAUCGCUGUUGAUGCUGUGUGUAUCAUGGCCUGCAAAGCUCAGCCAACAACUCCUGUACCACCAGUAACAACUGCUGGACCAACUACAGCAAAACCAACAACUGCUGGACCAACUACACCAAAACCAACAACUGCUGGACCAACAACGGCAAAACCAACAACUGCUGGACCGACUACACCAAAACCAACAACUGCUGGACCGACUACACCAAAACCAACAACUGCUGGACCGACUACACCAAAACCCACAACGGCAAAACCAACAACUGCUGGACCAACAACUGCUGGACCAACUACAGGAAAACCCACAACGGCAAAACCAACAACUGCUGGACCAACUACAGCAAAACCAACAACAGCUGGACCAACUACGGCAAAACCAACAACUGCUGGGCCAACUACACCAAAACCAACAACAGCAAAACCAACAACUGCUGGACCAACUACAGCAAGACCAACAACUGCUGGACCAACUACAGCAAAACCCACAACGGCAAAACCAACAACUGCUGGACCAACUACAGCAAAACCAACAACGGCAAAACCAACAACUGCUGGACCAACUACACCAAAACCAACUACAGCAAAACCAACAACUGCUGGACCAACUACAGCAAAACCAACAACUGCUGGACCAACUACAGCAAAACCAACAACUGCUGGACCAACUACACCAAAACCAACUACAGCAAAACCAACAACUCAAAACCAACAACAGCUGGACCAACUACGGCAAAACCAACAACUGCUGGGCCAACUACAGCAAAACCAACAACAGCAAAACCAACAACCCCUGAACAAACAACGCAAAACCAACAACAGCUGGACCAACUACGGCAAAACCAACAACUGCUGGACCGACUACAGCAAAACCCACUACAGCAAAACCAACAACUGCUGGACCAACAACUGCUGGACCAACUACACCAAAACCCACAACGGCAAAACCAACAACUGCUGGACCAACUACACCAAAACCAACAACAGCUGGACCAACUACAGCAAAACCAACAACUGCUCGUCCAACUACACCAAAACCAACAACUCCCAAACCAACUUCAAAGCCACCAAGUAUGACAUGUCCUUAUUAAAGGACCCAUGCCCUCCUGAUGCAGAGUAUAUAGAAUGUGGUCCAGCUUGUAUCCCCACCUGUAUGGAACCCUCCACCAACUGUUCUGGCUCGUGUAUCAGUGGCUGCUUCUGCAAACCAGGCUUUGUCUUUAAGGGACGGCGCUGUGUGCCACUGGAGAAAUGCGGCUGUCUGGAUGACAAGAAUAACUAUUAUGAGCCUGGUGAGAUAAUUUUUGGAGACGGCUGCUCGAAGCUGUGUCGAUGUGCAGGGAACUACACUUUGGAAUGUGUUGAUAACUCCUGUGACCCCACUGAAGAGUGUCGCGAUGUUAAUGGCGUUGCAGGCUGCUAUCCUAAAGGUACAUCCACAUGCAUAGCAUCCGGUGAUCCCCACUACACCACCUUUGACAAACGCAAGUACAACUUCAUGGGCAACUGCACCUAUCUGAUGUCUGCACCCUGCAAUGAGACAGCUCUGCCGUACUUUGAGGUCCAUGCCGACAAUGAAAAUCGAUAUAACAGGCCCACUAUCUCCUAUUUGAAGGCCGUACAUGUGUAUGUACACAAGGUGAAAAUCUCCAUUCUCAAAGGUGGCACUGUGCAGGUGAAUGGCACCAAGGUAAACCUGCCAGUGUCUCCGGUCCCUGGUGUUUCCGUAUUCAAGUCAGGAAAACACUACACUGUUUCCAUGAACUUUGGUGUGACUGUUCGCUAUGAUGGAAACCACUUCAUGGACAUCAAAGUGAUCAAGGACUAUCAGAAAAAGCUUUGUGGACUGUGUGGAGAUUAUGAUGGAGAUGCCAGAGAUGACUUCCGUAAGCCAGAUGGAUCGCUGACCAACAGUGCCAAUGCCUUUGGACACAGCUGGAACACUGAUCCAGAGUGUAAUAAGAAACCCAACACCACCAUCCCUGGGUGUGAAGCAGGAGAGCAGGAACUGUAUGAGAGCUCCGGAUACUGUGGCAUCCUGCUGGACAAAAAGGGUCCUUUCGCCGUGUGCCAUCCCAAAGUCAACCCCAAUAAUUACUUCAGGGACUGUAUCUUUGACCUGUGUGAGCUGGAUGGAGCCAAGCCCAUUCUAUGUGAAGCCAUUGAAGCCUACGUCAAUGAAUGCCAGGACCGUGGGGUCAACAUCGGACCUUGGAGGAAUGAAACUUUCUGCCCCCUGAGCUGUCCCCCCAAUAGCCACUAUGAGCCCUGUGCAGACCCCUGUCAGCAGACAUGCUCUGGGAAACCUCCCUCCUGUGGUGGGCCCUGCUCUGAAGCCUGUGUGUGUGAUCCUGGCUACGUCCUGAGCGCCGGCAAGUGUGUGAAGAAGAGUUCAUGUGGCUGCAAACACACCAACGGCCAGUAUUAUGAGCCUGGAGAGGAGUUUUACGUGGAGGACUGUAAGCUGAAGUGUAGGUGUAACGCCCCCUUCGUUACCUGUGUGGCCUCUGACUGUCCCCCGAUGCAUGAGUGUAAACUCCAGGAUGGAGAGCUGGGCUGCUAUCCCACUGGCUCUCAGGACUGUGUGGUCUCUGGAGAUCCACAUUACAACACAUUUGACAAGAAGUUCUACAGCUUCAUGGGAACAUGUACCUACACGCUGGCCAGAACCUGCAAGAACAACACAGGUCCUUGGUUCUCAGUGGAGGGGAAGAAUGAGGAGAGAGGAGUGCCAGGUGUGUCCUACCUAAGAAAACUCUAUGUCACUGUGAAUGGAAUCACUGUGACCAUGAUGAAGGCCAGAAGGACUCUGGUGAAUGGAGUGCGAGUGGCCCUCCCUCACUCCCCCUCUCCUCUCAUGACUCUCAGUCUUGCCGGUCAGUACAUCACCCUGCAGACACCGUUUGGCCUCCGGGUGCGUUGGGAUGGAAACCAUCACGCCCAAAUCACAGUUCCCAGCUCCUACUAUGACCAGAUGUGUGGUCUCUGUGGUGACUACGAUGGGAACCCAAACAAUGACUACACCAAACCAGAUGGCACCCUGGUAGGAAAUGUCAACGACUUUGCAAACAGCUGGCAAACAGAAGAGGAUGAGGAUGAUUCGUGUACCCCAGGCACCAAGCCCGACCCAGACUGUGACCCCAAACUUGAAGCUGAGGUGGUGAAACCAGACAAAUGUGGCAAAAUUAAAGACCCUGCUGGACCUUUCAGGGAGUGUAUCAGUGUGGUGGAUCCCACUCCAUUCUUCAAGAGCUGCGUGUAUGACAUGUGUCAGUUCAAUGGCCAGCAGAAAGUACUGUGUGACCAGCUCCAGGCCUACACUGAUGCCUGCCAGACCCACGGAGCCAAAGUCCACCAGUGGAGGACUCCAGACUUCUGUCCCCUGGCCUGUCCUCCCAACAGCUCCUACUCUCUGUGUGUGAGUUCGUGUCCGGAGACGUGUCUGGGUGUGGUCGGAGCCCCUGGCUGUGAGGACGUGUGCCUGGAGGGUUGCGAGUGUAACCCAGGCUUCAUCCUCAGCGACAACAAGUGUGUGGCUCUGAAAGACUGUGGCUGUGUGGACACCAGUGGAGCCUAUCACCCUGUGGAUGAUGAAUGGUACUUGGAGGGUUGCGAGCAGGAGUGUGUGUGUCACAGUGGAGGUCUCAUCCAGUGUCGCAACAGCAGCUGUAAACCAAGCACUGAGAGCUGCCAGCUACAAGAUGGAGAAUAUGAAUGCCGCCCUCUGGGAACCGGUAUCUGCUCAGUAUCUGGUGAUCCUCACUACAACACGUUUGACAAACGCACACACAAUUACAUGGGAGCCUGCUCCUACACCCUGACCAAACCCUGCAACGUCUCCUCCGACUUGCCGUACUUCACUGUGGACACCCAGAACGAGCACAGAGGAAGUAAUAAGAAGGUUUCCUACGUCAGAGCUGUGGUGAUCAAUGUGAACGGUGUGACUGUCAUCCUCGGCAAGAGCCGUAGAGUCCAGGUCAAUGGGACGGUGGUUGUCCCACCUGUCACCUCCAUCAGUGGAGUCAAGAUCUACCUGAGCGGAAAGUUUGUUCUACUCGAGACCUCCUUCGGCCUGAGGGUGCGUUUCGAUGGUAACCACCACGCCGACGUCACCGUGCCGACCUCCUACAAUGGCCUGCUCUGUGGCUUGUGUGGUAAUUUCAAUGGAAACUCAAAAGAUGACAACUUGAAACCAGACAAUACACCAGCUGCUAACACCAAUGAACUGGGAGACAGCUGGCAGGUUCCUGACCCACGGCCUGACUGCACCAAUGGCGGAGAACAGGAAGACUGUGAUGACGACGUGGAGGAGGAGGCCCAGAAGCCCACCAACUGCGGCAUGAUCACUGAUCCCAAUGGUAUCUUUAAGCCCUGCCACUCGGUGGUGCCCCCUGAGCAGUACUUUGGAAACUGUGUGUACGACAUGUGUGCUACUGGAGGUCAGACCGUGGCUCUGUGCCAGGCCAUCGAGAGCUACGCUGACAUGUGUGCUGCUGCAGGAGUCCCCAUCACAUGGAGAAACAACACCUUCUGUCCUCUGAAGUGCCCUCCAGGUAGUCAGUACACCCCAUGUGGCCCCGCCUGUCCCCAGCCCAGCUGUCAGGAUCCUGCGGGCCCCGGUGGCUCUUGCAACCAGCCGUGUGUGGAGGGAUGCAUCUGUAACCCCGGUCUGGUCCUCAGUGGAGACAAAUGUGUCCCACUCAGUGAGUGUGGGUGCACUGAUGAAGAUGGAAAGUACAGGCCGGUGGGAGACAGCUGGUUCACAGAGACGGACUGCUCAGAGCGCUGCAAGUGUAACGGCAACCGCAACAUCACCUGCGAGCCCUGGCAGUGCAGCCCCGCUCAGGAGUGUAAAGUGGUGGAAGGAGUACUGGACUGCCAUUCAACAGGUAAAGGAGUGUGUCAUGUGGCUGGAGAUCCUCACUACUACACCUUUGACGGUGUGAUGCACACAUUCAUGGGCACCUGCACGUACACUCUGGUGGAGGUGUGUAACACCACCAGAGUCACUCCCUUUAAGAUAGUGGCUAAAAACGAGGAGCGUGGUCAGCCAGAGGCCUCCUACGUUCGCUCUGUCAAAGUCUACCUGCCUCAUGAUAAUGUGGUGGAGCUGCAGAAGAGCCGCAGAGUCCUGCUGAAUGGACGACGGGUGCGUACACCAGUUUCCGUCGACUUGGCCGGAGCCAAGGUGAUAACCAGUGGAUCCUACAGUCUGCUGGACACAAACUUUGGUCUGCAGGUGAAGUUUGACGGAGUCCAUCACCUGGAGAUAACUGUUCCUGGAGAAUACUUCAACAAGCUGUGCGGCAUGUGUGGGAACUACAACCACAACUCCUCUGAUGACAACCUGAUGCCCAACAAGAAACCCGCCAAGGACGUGAUUCAACUGGGCAACAGCUGGAAAUCAGAUGGAGACAGUGACCCUGGCUGUCAGCCGGACACUCGUCCAGACAUCCACCCCAACUGCACAGCAGAAGAAGAGAAGCUGUUUGAGGCUCAGUGCGCCGAGGUCAUCCUCUCCGACCGCUUCAAGCCCUGCCACUCUCUGGUGCCCCCCGAAGCUUUCCUGGGUAACUGCGUCUACGACAUGUGCGAGUAUGACGGCAUGCAGGCGACGCUGUGUGACAACACGGAGGCGUACGCUCAGGCCUGUCAGAGCGCGGGCGUCACCAUCAGCUGGAGGAACAACACCUUCUGUCCGCUGCCCUGCCCUCCUAACAGCCACUUCUCAGACUGUACCGCCCCCUGCCCCCCAACCUGCUCCGACCUCUUCCCCAUGGUCUGCCACCUCCCCCCGACCACCUGUGUGGAGGGCUGCCAGUGUGACGCCGGUCAUGUGCUGAGUGACAACAAGUGCGUUCCUCUGCACGAGUGUGGCUGUGUGGACUCAGAUGGAGAAUACCAUGAUGUGGGAGACUCGUGGCUGACAGAUAAGUGUGCUGAAUCCUGUGUGUGUAACCUUGGUGGUAAAAUCACAUGUAAGGACCACAGCUGUAAGUCAAACUCAGUGUGUGCUCUGGACAAAGAUGGAGACCUCUACUGCAAACCCACCAAGUUUGACAAGUGCAGCAUUUCCGGGGAUCCUCACCACCGAACAUUCGACGGCUUCACCCAUCACUUCCAGGGCCCCUACACCUACGUCCUGACUCAGGGCCACAACCUGCCGAGCUCCCUGUCGCCCCUGGUGGUUAGGGGGAAGAACAUCAGACGUGGUGGGAACAGGAGGGUGUCAUUCCUGGAUCAGAUGUACAUUGAUGUUUACGGUGUCAAUGUUCGCUUCCUGCCGAGGAAGACCGUCCUGGUGAAUGGGGAGCGUGUUGCGCCUCCUCUCAGUCCAGUUGAUGGUUUGACCAUCACGAUGAACUCCAGGCAGGUGCAGCUCACCACUGACUUCGGACUCACUGUUCGCUUCGACGGCAACAUACGUGGAGAGAUCAUUCUGCCCAGCACAUACAAGAACUCCGUCAGAGGCUUGUGUGGAAAUUACGACGGCAUCACCAGGAAUGAGUACAUGAAGCCUGACGGGACGGUGGUCAGGAACCUGAACGAGUUCGGAGAGAGCUGGAGGGUCACUGAUCGCCAGGCUGGACUGAAGAGCUACGACCUCCCUCACACAGUCCAUAGGCGAGAGGUGGAGACUGAUCCAGACUCAGGAUUUGAGACGUCAGACUGCUCUGAGUCUCAGCUCAAUGACUACAACAGUGCGGCUCAGUGUGGAGCGCUGUCUGACUCCAAGGGGCCGUUUGCUGCCUGCCAUGCCACCCUGCCUCCCAAACCCUACCAGGAUGACUGUGUGUUUGACCUGUGUGCUGAGCGCGGCAGUGCAGCGCUGCGUUGUGCCAGUUAUGAAGCGUACGCCGCCGCCUGUCAGGAGGCCGGAGUCAAACUGGGAUCCUGGAGGCAGCAGCUGGACUGUGCUCUCUCCUGUGACGCCAACAGCACCUACUCCCCCUGUAUGUCGCCCUGCCCGGCCUCCUGCGCCAACCUGGCAGCACCCUCCGACUGUGACACCUCUUCCUGCGUGGAGGGCUGCCAGUGCGCCGCGGGCUUCGUCAUGAGCGAGGGCAUCUGCGUGCCGUACACACAGUGCGGCUGCACAUUCCUCGACAGAUACUACCCUCUGAAGGAGACGUUUGUGACCGAGGACUGUUCUCAGACCUGUGAAUGCACGAGCACCGGCGCCGCGUGCCGACCCAAGACCUGCCCAGAUAAUUACGUCUGCACCAUCUAUGACUUAAAACGUGACUGCUACAGAGCGAGUCCCUGCCUCAGUUACCCCUGUCAGAACGGAGGAACAUGCAAAGAAGCCAGCAACAGCACCUACACCUGUCAGUGUGCAGAGGGCUUCGAGGGCACAAACUGUGAGGUGGAGGUGACACAGGGCGACGGACUGGAAACCAAGUGGAUCAUCCUGAUCGCGGUCCUGGUCUCGGUCACUGCCAUCAUCAUCAUUGUGACCACUGUUGUGUGCGUGUGCAACCGCAAAACCAAGUUGCUCACCUGGCUUCUUUGUCUCCACAGGAAAAUGAAGCUUCAAGAGAAGAAGUUCAGCAUGAAAUCAGCAAGUUCUCCAUAUACAAACAUGAAUAAGCAAAAAGAUGACAGAAUGACCUCCAUGUGA